UAGUAUGGAUAUCGGACUAGAGCCAUACUCUCGGUAGUCCAUAGGUAACUUUUGGUCAUCCAGACUAAUCCAUAGUUCCAUUUUGCGGGGAUUAUUAUUAAUUCGUAUACCUAACUCCGCUUACAACCCCAUUCUAUUCUCCCUCAACUGCCGAAUCAAUUGCUAGAGGUUUGCUGAAUGAUGCCUUUCACAGAGAAAACCCAGGAAGUAAAAACAGAGUCUACGAAAUGACGAGCUGUUGUUUAAGUGGCAAUUACGGUCACAAUAAUAAUCGAGAUCAUGGAUUCUAGAGCGAUGUCCGAAGUCGCCCACCCGUCGCCGGCGGGAAGCACAGCCAGCUUGCUUAGGGGGAAAUUGCUGUUACCCGCGAGCUGCGAGCCUCCAAUGCCGAACGCGCCUAGGAAACAGCUCGUAUGGAUCGUCUUCGGUGGUACAGGUCACAUGGGCCGCUCGCUCGUAAAAUGCGCGCUGGCUCGGGGUGAUCUUGUCGUGGACGUAGGACGGACAUUCGAAACAACGCCGGAGGAGAUGGCGAGUCAGCACGACGAAAAUUGUCUCGGCCUGCUGUGCGAUGUCCGCGCCCGGCAGAGCGUGGCGCAAGUCGUCGAGAGGACACUCGACCACUUCAGCCGUAUCGACGUGGUCGUCAACUGCUCCGGCUAUGGGGUCAUCGGCGCGUGCGAGGACCAGGACGAACACGAAAUUCGCAAUCAGUUUGAGACAAACUUCAUGGGCACUUUACAUAUUAUCCAAGCCACGCUCCCUUACUUCCGCCAGCAGAAUGGCGGCCGUUACCUAAUCUUCAGCUCCACCAGUGGCGCUCUUGGCGUACCUGGUCUAGGCCCCUACUGCGCUACGAAGUACGCCGUGGAAGGUCUCAUCGAAGCCAUGCUCUACGAGAUAGACUCCUUCAACAUCAAGGCCACACUCGUCGAACCGGGCCUAGUCCGCAGAGACGAGCCGGACUCUCAGGAAAACCCACUGCCGACGUGGGGACAUUUCCUUAUCAAGCCGGCAAGCGAGGCGUACGGACACUCGACCUCGCCGGCGCUGCAUGCCAAGCGCAUGGUGCAGUGGCUCGGGGAUCGGCAGCCGACUAGCGCGGUCAAAUGCGCGGAGCUGGUCUGGCAGCUCGCACACUGCUCAUACCCGCCCCUGCGGCUUGUGCUCGGUAGCUAUGCCAUCGAAAGUAUCAGGGACCGUCUCAGGUCCGUUACCGAGGAGCUUGAGGACUGGAAGCAUCUGAACUACCCCGCGGCUCCCGAGACUGAAGACGCGAAUAAGGAAAAGGAGGAUAAGGAGAAGGGCGAGAAGGAUGAUGAGGAGGGGGAUUCGACGGCUGAGGGGGUGGAUCAGAUGGAUACUACAUGAUUUAUUGUUCUACCAAACGUACCUAAUGUAUGAGAUAUCUGGCAGUCUGGCUUGAAUGCUGGAUCAGGGAUGAUUUAAGUCUUCUGUAUUAUCAUAGCGGCAUAGCACAGACUC